UUUCCCCGGGGCGGGGAGGGUGGGACGCUGCGAGGAAGGACAUUGUCAGCGAGCCCGUCGCCAUUUGGGCUCCCUCGGCGAGGGACGAAUCACUCCCGACCUUCUUGGAGCGGGCGGGAAAACCGGACGGCACCCUGUGGGGUCAAAGGUCAACGGGCUGGGCAAUGGAGAGCUUCAAUGAGCUUCUUCUCAAACUCAGGGAGGUCCAUGAGCGAGAGCUUGAAGGCUGGCAGAUGAAGGUCCAAGAGUUGUCCAACAAGAAAGGCUGCGACACCAAGCGCAUGGAGGAGUUGUUCGCCAGGAACCAGCAGAUGAAGGAGCAGCAGCGAUUGCUCACCGAGAACAUCAAGACCCUGGAGAACAGGCUGAGGGCGGGCUUGUGCGACCGCUGCACGGUCACUCAGGAGGUGGCCAAGAGGAGGCAGCAUGAGUUCGAAGUGUCGCAGAUGCAGACCCUCCACCACGUCACGCUGCUGGGUGGAGAAAUUAAUAGCCUUAAAAAGGAAAACAGGAGACUGAGAGACGAGAUCGUCACUUUAAGAGAAGCACUUAACAACACACCCUCGGAGGCCAAACCCAACAUCUCCCCCGGCCUUUCGCCGAACUCCGGGCCGGUGUCGCUCAGCGCCGCGGCGACGGGUUACGCCCGUCCCGAUCAGCCAGCGGGUGGCGACGUUGCGGUGAAAACAGACACGAACGAGCAUCAGACGGAGUUCAGACAGCUGCGAGCCAUGAGCAAGAGUCACUUUCCCAUUUCACUUUCCACUUACACGUCACCGUCCUGGAAGACGGAACACAACGCAGCAGGAGAGAGGAGAUCUCACAUCGUGGAGACCAUUGACCAUCAUCCCCUGAAGACCUCCUCCCUCUCCGACCUAAGUCCACAUUCUCUCAAGGCCCCCGUGCCCUGUCGUCCUCAGCCAAUCAAGAGCACCUUCCCCUGGGCUAUCCCUGAAUCAGCCACCUGGGCGCCCAUGGCGGGCGGCAGCAUGGUGCUGCACCCUUACCCCAAGUCCGGUCUCCCUGGUUUCCCCAACAUGGUCCCGACGAGCCAAAAUGGCAGCCUGCCAGGCUACGGGCCUCAGUGGCACAAGGCCGUCAAAGAACCCACCGUGGUGUUCCGCUUGAAGAACCCAUCGGAGCACACGGGACAAAACCCUGCGGCCAAGACCCAGGACAAGAAGGACGCUCAGCACAAAGAUCCAUGUGACGGUCCUCUGGACCUCUCCGACAGAGGAAAGUCCAAGACGGGCCAAACACCACUGGCCUGGCAAGAAGGUUUGGACCGGAGACGGGACAAGGACGUGUCACCUGACACGUCUCCGUCCUUACCUCCGGUCUCACAGCGAGAGGAAGUCCCAAACCACAAGCAGGCGGUAAAAGAGCAGGAGCAGAAUAAAGCGGCACAGGGGAAAGCGGAGCAAAGCAAGAAGGUUCCCGCCCUCACGAUAUCACUGCGUCCAGUCGUGGUGCUGGAGACUCUCAACUCUGAUCUUCACACACAAAACACAUCGACAAAUGGCAAGUCGCCAGCAGGGGAGCCGGAGAGCUCGGAGGGGCAAGUGGAGGAGGAAGAAGAGGAAGAGGAAGUGAGUGUGUCAGGACAGGACCAGGACCAGGUCUCCAAGAGGAGGAGACUAUCAGUGGAGGCGGACUUGGACCUGGACUCAGACUCUGACACGCCCGCGCCAGACAAGAAGGUCAAGAUGGGCGUGAGAACUCAGGAGAAGACUUCCUGCUGACUGGACUGGACUGGACCCAAACUGUGACAAAACUCAUAAACACUCCAAUAUAAGGUCACCUUCUCUUCUUCUUCCAUUCAUUGGGAGGCAGGCAGCAUGUCAUGCACUGUUGUUACUACCAAUAUCACAUUUGUCAUAUGUAGCAAAGUAUACAUCGAAUAAUGGAAAUGGAGGAAAAUCUGGGUGUGGAUAGCAUGGCCUGGUUUGCAAAGCAGCAUAUCAUGCACUCUCGUUACUAUCCUCUCAUCAUCAAAGCACUGCUACGAUAAAUGGAAUGCAAGAUUUAAGAGAAGCUUUAUCCAAAUUUGUCAAACGGAUCAAAAAUAUCAGACAAAUCAUCUGGAUUUGGUUAAAGUGGCCUGGCUUGCAUUAAAGAAAGCAGCAUAUCAUGCACUGUCUUAACAAUAAAGGAGCGAUAUGCCAAUGUGUCAAAUGUAUCAAAGUAUAAAGUGAGUAAUAGAAAUGGAGGAACAUUCUCAAUUUGGUCAGUGUGGCCUGGCUUGUGUAACAUCAAGCAGCCUAUCAUGCAUUGUCUUUACUAUUGGAGCGUCAUCAAAGCACUGCAAUGAUAAAUGGAACGGAUUAGUCAGCGAUAUCACAAAUUGGCAAAUGUAUCAAAAUAUUAGACGAUUCAUGAAAAUGGAGGAUAAUGUCAAUUUGGUUAAAGAUCAAAGCAAACUGCAUAUCAUGCACUUUUGUUACUAUUGAUGAGCGGUUUCCUCAUUUGUCAUAUGUAUCAAAGUAUAAGGCAAAUAAUGGGAAUGGAGGACAAUCUAGAGUCGGGCGGUAUGGCCUGGCUUGAAUCCCAUCAAGCAGCAUAUCAUGCACUGUCUUGACUAUUAUUAGUCAUCAUCAAAGCACUGCUGUGAUGCAUCCAACAGGACAGUCACUAAGAGGUGCAAUAACCAAAGUUCAGAAGUACUUUCAUAGCAAGCGACAACGGAUUUGGGAGCCUUGUCGCAAGCAGCCUACCAUGCACUGUCGUGACUAUCAAGGAGCAAUAUCCAAACUUCUCAAAUUCAUCAAAGUCCUGCAUGAAGUGAAUCAUGGAAAUGGAGAAAAUUCAGGAGUCGGAUAGCCUGGCUUGAAUUGCAUCACAGCAGGCAGCCUAUCAUGCACUGUCGUGACUAUCCCCGCAUAAACAAAGCACUGCUAUGAUGAAUCCAACAGGAUAGUCUAUCUAAGAAGAGCAACACCCCAACUUUUCAUAGUGAGUGACUUUUUUGUUUUUAUUUGGUAGCAUCACGGCACGCAGCCUAUCAUGCACUGUCCAUCAUCAUCAUCAAAUCACUGCAAUGAUAAACUGACCAGAAUAGUCUUUGGCGUAUCCAAGGCCACACGUCAUACUUUUAUUUUGGAAACAGCACAGCAAGCAGCCUAUCAUGCACUGUCUGGACUAAUCCAGCAGAGUGCUGCUGUAGUACCUCGGUUUUACUGAGGAGUCCGUUCAAAAAGGUCAGACCUAGACCCAAAUCAUGUAAGUCCAUUGAAUCUGUACCUGACACGAGAAAUUAUGAGCACAAAAAGACAUUUUACAGAGACUAUUCCUAGUUUUAAAGAAUGAAAUGCAUUUAAAUGAUGAAUGAAAUGUACAAAUAAAACUUUUCAAACUUUGUUGAGGACUUUGGUUGGCAAAGCAGAGACUCACGCCAACAAUUCAAUGGAGUUUCUCACCUUCUUUAUCAAACUGCUGGCACUCACAACUUUUUUCGGCCCCACGUGGGAUUAAAAUAAAA